AUGACCUUCUUCUUCAACCUCUUUUCUUAUGCCCCAAGAUACAAUGUAGAAAAAACGUUGUCCAUUUUUCAGCAACUUUCCCGCUAAAUUCUUCCCCCGAAUACAUCUUUCCUACAACAACGAAUUCUAAUGAUCAUCAUGUAAUGCCUUUGUUUUGGUGCAAUAAUAAAGAAUUUGAUGUUAGCGGUGGAUGCCAUGGUUCAAAUUUCGGCACAGACUAUUAUUUUUGUGAAUACUGUGAUCAAAAUUUCCACAAAGAAUGUGUUCAGUCUCCACUUAAAAUCAAACAUCCUUACCAUCUUAAACAUUCUCUCCAACUUUCCUUUCACCAUCCUCAAGCUCGCACUAUUGAGUGUUUCUGUUGCGGAAAAUGAUUGUAUGAGUUUCCCAAACGUCAUCAAGAUAUCACGUCACCAACAUCGUAUCUCUUUCACUUUUUCUCUUCCAUCGAGAGGAUGGUUUUGUGGAGUUUGUCGUCAAAGUGUUAACGGUGAUUAUGGUGCAUAUACUUGUGACAAGUGUAGUGAUUAUGUUGCUCAUCCAAUAUGUGCUACUGGGAAGAAUGUGUGGGAUGGAAAAGAGCUCGAAGGUGUACCAGAAGAAGGUGAUAUAACACAAGAUCUUGAGCCGUUCAAUGUGAUAUCGGAAGGAGUGAUACUUUAUUUUCUUCAUGGCCAUCAUCUUCGGCUUGAAGUCAGCCUACUUUAUGACGGAAAUAAGGUCUGUCAAGCAUGUGUCCUUCCUAUCUAUGAAGACCAAUAAGUAAAACUCAUAUGUCACGUAUGCAAAAGAACAUGUAAAAAAAAACUAAAUUGCAUCAAAUGCAAUUUUGUUGUUUGUUUCAAGUGUGCUACUUUACCAUACAAAGCAAGGUAUAAACAUGACACACACUUUCUCACAGUUUCAUGUGGUGAAGAAGUAAGUGAGAAAGAUUGGUGUGAGGUGUGCGAACGCAAUCUAAAAGAUACAAGAACAAAAGUGUUCUACUGGUGCAAUGAGUGCUUCACCACUUUUCAUAUUGAAUGCUUAUUCGGAGAAGACCCAUAUAUGAAGCUCGGUCAAUAUUUAGACUAUUGGGGGAAGAUUCAAAUUCUUGGCAAAUGUAAAAUCUCUCGACCAUUAUGCGAUUCUUGCAAGAAACGUUGUCAAGGAAAAAUAUUUAAGAGAGGCAACAGCAUAGCAUGUUCUCUGGAAUGUAUGGUUCCUAACCUUUAUUAA